UUGUACGUGGUGACGCAGUACGUCGCGGGCCUGCUAGCGCCCUGUCAUCGCAGGCUGUCCGGAGUUCAGUGACAGGGGCCGGGCUGCGAGCGGAGGCCGCGGGGAUGCUGUGGUUUCAGGGAUCCAUUCCGGAGGCCAUCAGCGCGGCCAAGCAGCGGGGCGCCGUGUUCGUGGUGUUCGUGGCCGGUGAUGAUGAGCAAUCUACACAAAUGUUGGAAAGCUGGGAGAAGGAUGAAGUGGAACAGGUGGCAACUGAUGGAAUAGUUGCAAUAAAAAUUGAUAGCAAGAGCGAAACAUGCCUGCAAUUUUCCCAAAUCUAUCCCGUUGUGUGCAUCCCAUCCAGUUUCUUUAUUGGGGAGAAUGGAAUCCCACUGGAGGUAAUUGCUGGCAGUAUACCGGCUGAAGAAUUGGUGGCAAAGAUAACCAAAGUGAAGCAGAUGCAUGGAGGAAGAAAUGAUGGUUUAUUGGCAAACGCAAACAUGUACGAGAGAUCUGAUGAUCAGUACCCAGUUUCCUCAAAUCCUGUUCCUCAGCAGGACAGCUCAGCAAAUAAUGCACAGCCUGAACAGGAGCAACCUGUGUCCCCUGCAUCCUCCUCAGAUACUCCAAGUCCAAUGGACGAGUCCGCUGAAGGGUUACCGGAUGACACACAGGAAGCUGUGACGGCAACAGAUGUACAAAGCAAAAAUGACCUAUCUGAACAAGUGGAAAGAGUGACACAGAAGCUUGAAGAGAGGCGGGAGCAGAAGAAGAAAGAUGAAGAGCGGAAUCAGAUCAAAAAAGAGAUUGAGAGAAGAAAGAGCGGUAAAGAAAUGCUGGAAUAUAAAAGGAAACAGGAAGAUGACGUGGCAAAGAAAGCCCUAGAGGAGAGGAACCGGGAUAAGGCAGAGGAUAAGGCAGCCAGAGAGCGUAUUAAGCAGCAGAUUGCCCUGGAUCGUGCAGACCGAGCUGCCCGUUUUGCAAAGUCGAAGGAAGAAUUAGAGGCUUUAAGACAGGCAGAAUUGCAAGCACAGCAGGCUGCAAUGGAAGCCCGGAGAGAGACCAUGCAAAGUGAAAGAAGUGCUAUUGCAAGGAUUCAGUUUCGACUUCCUGACGGAUCGUCCUUCACGAAUCAGUUUCCAUCCGAAGUUUGUCUUGAGGAAGCAAGACAGUUUGCAGCCCAGACAGUUGGAAACGCCUAUGGCAAUUUUUCCUUGGCAACCGUAUUUCCUCGGAAGGAAUUCACUAAGGAAGACUAUGAAAAAUCCCUGUUGUCUCUGGAGUUAGCCCCCAGUGCAGCAUUAGUGCUCUUACCAGCGAGAAGAUCUACUCGAGCUGUGGUGUCCUCCUCUGAAGGUGGUGUAUGGAAUGUAUUAGGUACAAUCCUGUAUCCCCUUUUAGCAGUGUGGAAAUUUCUGAGUAACUUUCUAUUCGGCAGCCCACCUCCCUCAGACACCAGAGACAGAGCAACACAUUCACAACAGGACAGUACAAAUCCAUCGUCAGCCAGCAACUCUGAGCCAAAGAGAGAUACUGUUAGGAAAAGAGCAGUCGAAAAGCGUGCAGACGAGUUCAAAAAGGAAGGCAAGAUCUACCGGUUGAAAACUCAGGACGACGAAGAUGAAAAUAAUACUUGGAAUGGAAACUCUACACAACAGAUGUAGGAGGUGUUUAUACUCUAUGUACAUUAGCUUUUGUUUUGAUUUCAGACACAUUUCUGCAGAACUAGGGUUCCUUAACAAUAAGCACAUUCAUAAUGCAUGACGAUGCGUUUUAACCAAUACAUGAUCAAACAUAACUUUAUACAGUGGCUUACGGUAUGGUCCCUGCUUACUGUACUAUAAGCUAAUUAAACAAUACAUGGUUUCCGAAUGUUUGUUUUUUGGUUUAGUUUCCCAGAUUUGGGAUAUUUCAUAACCUUACUAUCCAUCUUUUUUUGGACUUGGAACCACUUAUUUUGGGCUAAACUAGCUAAAGAUUUUACAACUUGAUAAUUUAAUGUAAUCUUUUUAAGAAUGGUAAAAAAAAAGUCUAAACUUAAA